CUUACUUUGAGCACCUUUUGACAAACUUGGCCGCAUGUUUGCACUUGCAUUUCCCAGAGCGCAGUUAUUGUUUUUACGCACCGCCACCCCCCCGCAAAAAAAUGGAUUUUAGACACUUUGAACAACACAUCUUCAUCACCAUCAUCAUCUCCCGAGAGAGAGGACGCACGGCCGCUCACUGACACGAUUCGCCCGCAAACCGGCGUUAUCGGCGCGUGCGUGGAUCCUCCGGACGAUUGACGAGCCGAUCUGCGGAGUUUUCUCGUUUGAGUCCAAGAAAGAUGGAUUUAUCAGCAUGGUUCGGCGUGUGCGCGCUCACACUUGUGACCACUGCGGCCGUCACAGCGGAGGAAGGAGCUCUGACGGGCUCUGAGGCAUGUGGUGGCUAUCUGGAUGCCACUGACGCGGGCUACAUCACCACGCCCGGCUACCCGCUGGAGUAUCCCCCCCACCAGAAUUGCCGCUGGGUCAUCACGGCGCCGGAACCUUCCCAGCGCAUCGUGCUCAACUUCAACCCGCACUUCGAGAUCGAGAAGCUGGACUGCAGGUAUGACUAUGUUGAGAUCCACGACGGUAACUCGGAAUCAGCCGACUUAUUGGCAAAGCAUUGCAGCAACAUCGCCCCAGCACCAAUCAUAUCAUCCGGACCCGCCCUCCACAUCAAGUUUGUGUCCGACUACGCCCACCAGGGGGCAGGAUUCUCGCUGCGCUACGAAAUCUUCAAAACUGGUUCAGACUGUUCCAGAAACUUCACAAGUCCCUCAGGUCUCAUCGAGUCUCCAGGGUUCCCUGACAAAUACCCCCACAACCUGGAGUGCUCCUUCAUCAUCGUUGUACCCCCCAGCAUGGACGUGAGCCUCACUUUCCUCACCUUUGACCUGGAGAAUGACCCCUUGCCUGGAGCUGAGGGCGACUGCAAGUACGACUGGCUGGAAGUUUGGGACGGGCUCCCUGGAGUGGGCCCACUGAUUGGUCGAUAUUGUGGAACCAUGGUACCACCAGAGAUCCAUUCGUCUACUGGGAUUCUCUCUCUGUCCUUCCACACCGACAUGGCUGUGGCUAAGGACGGCUUCUCGGCACGGUACAACAUGACGCACAAGGAAGUCAGUGAGACCUUCCACUGCAGUAAUGCUUUCGGCAUGGAAUCUGGAAAGAUCACCGAUGAACAGAUCACAGCUUCAUCAAGUUUUUAUGAUGAAAACUGGCUGCCACAUCAGGCCAGACUCAACUACAACAACAAUGGAUGGACGCCUAAUGAGGACAGCAACAGAGAGUACAUACAGGUGGACCUCUACACUUUGAAGGUGAUCACAGGCAUCGCCAUGCAGGGUGCCAUUUCCAAGGAGACGCAAAAGUCGUACUAUGUGACUACGUUCAAGCUAGAGGUCAGCACCAAUGGCGAGGACUGGAUGGUUUACAGACAUGGCAAGAAUCAUAAGGUUUUCCAUGCAAAUACCGACGCCACAGAGGUGGUUCUCAAUCGGAUCCCUCAGCCAGUACUGGCCCGCUUCGUGCGAAUUCGACCUCAAACGUGGAAGAACGGCAUCGCGCUGCGCUUUGAGCUUUACGGCUGUCAGAUUACGGACGCUCCAUGCUCAGAGCUUCAAGGCAUGCUGUCUGGGCUGCUGGCCGACUCGCAAAUCUCAGCGUCCUCCAUGAGGGACAUUCACGGCUCCAUGGGCGCAGCCAGGCUGGUGGCCAGCCGCUCAGGCUGGUUUCCCAACCCGACACAGCCCAUAGCAGGAGAGGAAUGGCUGCAGGUGGACCUUGGUGUGCCCAAGAUGGUGCGUGGGGUCAUCACCCAGGGUGCAAGAGGGCUGGAGGGCAGCACCAGCGCUGAGAACAGAGCUUUUGUCAGGAAGUACAAACUGGCUCACAGUUUGACUGGAAAGGAUUGGACGUACAUCACGGACAGUAAGACCGGCUUUGCAAAGAUUUUUGAGGGCAACAGCCACUAUGAUACACCAGAGGUGCGACGCUUCGAUGAGAUAAUGACUCAGUACGUCCGAGUUCUUCCCGAGAGGUGGUCCCCUGCUGGAAUUGGCAUGAGAAUGGAGGUCCUCGGUUGUGACCUGCCAGAAACAACCACUGUGCCUGACACAGCAACCCCCACCCUGCCCACGGUGGAAAGGUCCACUGCAGCAAUGAGACCUGCCACCACGCCGUCAUUGUGGGCCGUAUGUGACUUUGAACUGAGCCUGUGCGGCUGGUCCGCGGAUCCCCAAUCAGGUGUUAGCUGGUCCUUGCACACGGCCAGGAGCGCCGCUGCCGGUCAUGGCCCACAUGAAACCAGGUUGGAUCUGACACUGGGAUCAGAGAAUUUCUCAGGGAACUACCUCCACCUGGACGCGGGGGCCCACACCCAGCGCAAGCGCGCCAGGCUCCUGAGCCCGGAGGUGGCCCCCGAGCAAGGCCCGCUCUGCCUGGUCUUUUACUAUCAGCUGCAGGGGGAGGCGCUAGGAAGCCUGAGGGUCCUGCUCAGGGACAGCGAGCAGGAAGAGACGCUUCUGUGGUCUUUGAAAGGAGAUCAGGGGCCUCACUGGAGGGAGGGCCGCACCAUUUUGCCACAAAGCCCCAAGGAAUAUCAGGUGGUGUUUGAAGGUUUUUUUGAGUAUCCGACCAGAGGCCACAUCAGAAUAGAUAACAUCCACAUGAGCAACACCAUCAACCUGGAGCAGUGUGCACAGACUUUCCACCCCUUGACUCCUGAAAUAACAAAUCCCAGGCCAAUGGAUUUCGGAAAAGAUACCGACUUCAGCAAACCCUCUGUGAAUGAAGAAUAUUUAUUUCCCGGGUGGCCGUCCUCCUUCUCCACGCCGGCCUCGGCCGACGCGGACCCCUCCUCGGUCACCCUGGUGUCCGAACGGGACAAGGACAACGCCUGGCUGUACACCCUGGACCCCAUCCUGCUCACCAUCAUCGUAAUGAGCUCUCUGGGCGUCCUGCUGGGCGCCGUCUGCGCCGGGCUGCUGCUCUACUGCACGUGCUCGUACGGUGGCCUCUCGUCGCGCUCCUCCACCACGCUAGAGAAUUACAACUUCGAGCUGUACGACGGCAUCAAGCACAAAGUGAAGAUCAACCAGCAGAGGAAGAACUGCGAUUCACCUUCAACGCUGUGAGGCCAAACCUGAGGGUGUACGGUCCCAAAUCUCCUCCGCCUGUAGGAGAGCGCCUGCUUGCUUCUGAUGAAUGAAUGAUGGAAUGAAUAUGAGAGACAGAUGUAUCUUUGAAUAUUGACCCACUGGAAAGACGCGAAGGAGAAGGGGAACACGAGCACCUGCGACAAUCUGAACACGGAGGCCUCAGAUGGCAGGUUCCAAAGGUGACGUGACCAUUCGUCUGAGUGGGUUUACCAUGAUUUAGUACCAAACGAAAAGGCAAAACGAAGUCAAAUAAUGUCCUCAUCCGGAAGAUGGAGAAAAGAGAUGGCAUGCUGAAAGCUGAAGUGGGUACUGAAAUCAACACAUAUCAAGCGAAUGCCUUUGUCCUAAAGAACUUUAACAGAUAUCAAAUGACUUUAUGGGGAAUUUGGGGUUUGUUUUGUUUUUUCAAUUUUCAGUAUGAGUUCUGUUUGUUUGAAAAAGUCCAUUAGCUUGCCAUAGGCUUGUUUUUUGCACCCUUGGUGUGCGCAUUGUGAAACCAGUGGCAUAGAAGAGUAACGGUAAAUGUUUUUGUUCAGUUUUAGACUUGGAGGGAAAGGUUGCAUUUGUAGAGCAUUUUUUGACUUGAUUUAGCAUUGUGUUGGAAUUUCUUUGGUCUUAACUUGGCACAUUUUCCAUGACUCUAAAUGAAGACAGAUACAAGCAGAUGGAAAGUCUCAAAUCUAACACGAUGUUAUGGAGCUGUGCUUUAGAUUCUAUAGUUUGUCUAUAUACUAUAUAUACAGUAUAUGUAUAUUUUGGUUUUUCGGACUGUAUGAUGACACUGUGUGAACUAAAUGUCAAUGAUGUUUUUUUAUUGCAACCUAUGGAUUGCCAAAGAGCUGCGUGUCCGUGCACGAGGGAGCAAAGGAGCGUCAAAGAGAGGGAAGAGCAGGACGAGAGCGGAACCUUUCUUGGACACACAAUCGAGCCUUAAGCUAAUUGCAGAAAACGAAAAGUGCUGGGCGGACGGAGAGAUGAUGUCAUGUUUACACACAGGACGAGAAACCUUUGUCACUAAUUAGCCUGCACCACGUAUCCAACAAGUGAGCUGGAGCCAAUCCCAGCUGACUUGGGGCGAGAGGCGAGGUACACCCUAGACCGGUUGCCAGCCAAUCACACGGCACACAUGUAGACAAACAGCCAAUCACGACGGGCAAUUUAUAGUCUUCAAGGAACCCAACAUGAAUGCUUUGAGAAUGAGGGAGGAAGCUGGAGGACCCAGAAAACCCACACAAGAACGUGCAACUCCACACAUGGAGGCCAGAGUUGAACCCCCAACCUCACAGCUGGGAGGCGGUUGCUGUCCAGUCAAUUCACGUGGACACAAAUUAAUUUUGCAUGACAAGGAAAUGUUGUAUUCAAAAUAUUUUGGAUGAAAAUUGAAUCUCAUGAAGGUCUUUUUAAAGUGGCACUAAGCAGGCCAAAAAAUGUCGUACAUUUGACACACCAUAGAAAAGAGGGAUGUUAACAAGCCUGCCAAAUUUCAAUGAAUUCACAAAAAAAAAAAAUAAUAAAUUGCCAAGUAUAUAAAAUCAGGUUUCAAAACUUGAAUAAUAAGGGCCACCUCUCAGCUCUCAGAUGCUGUGGGCGUGCGCCAGAAGGAAGCAAACAUACUGAGGGGGUGAUAGCUUAUACGAUGUAAAAUCACGAAAGGAGGCUCAACUUCAAAAUUGAAGGGUGAUUGUGGACUAUAAUCGUAAAAAAGGAGCACACAAGUCAACUUACCCUCGUCCCUCGUUGUCGGUGACAUAAGGUCACAGCCGAACACGGCACCUGACGACAGCGGGACGGUAGGAGGAAGCCCAGGUAGUUAGACAGUUGGCACUGCCCCGUUCACUAGUUCAUCAAGUUACCCACGAAGCCAUGUUGUCUCUGGGCAGAGUUUACAAAAGUACCCGUCGUAAAAUGCGCGCUGCUGAGUCAGCCGGUGGCGGUGAUGUUCAUCACGCCAUCUUCGUGUGUCUUUACAAAGUCAAGCCAUCGCUUUUUGAUUUCCUCGCUUUUUUGGGAGCUUAACAAAACAUCACCGAGUGUUUCUGUAAAUUGAGGCAUCCAGUGAAGAUGCAUUUUCGGGGUGCAGCCAAUGUUAGCUUGCUAACUGCAAGCUCGAGUGGUAAAUGGGCCUUGUUAUGGAAGCUAAGCACAGCUAACUCACAACUGAGCGCAGCCAAACGACAUGAUAUCACUUUGUACUGGAAAAUAUAUCACGGGGCUCUGUUUUAGCCACACCCACAAAAUCAGCAAAAUUCAAACAGUGAAAAAGAUGCUUAAACUAUAUCUCAACAAUUCAGCACUAUAUUGUUAGAAGUCUUUGCAGCUGUUUCCAGCACUUCAAAGAUAUUUAGUGUCUUUAGAAACAAAACACCGAUAUCUGCUUAGGGCCCCUUUACGGUUGAAUAACAAGGGUCGGCAAAGUAUGACCCGGGGGUCAGAUCCAGUUCGCCAAAUUAUUUUCUGUGGGCCAGUAAAGCAAAUCAUGUGCAUUUACUUCAUGGUUCUUGCUCAAAUCUGUACCAAAAAUUGCAAAAUGGCUUUCACUUUUAAUAAUGUUGAGAUAUUGCAAGCAUUUUUGGUCACCCAAACUCCUUUUAAAACAAAUUGCUUAAUACAGUCGCUGAACAAACUUUACUUCAGAUUUCAAAGCUAUUAUUAAUGUUAUUUUAUCCAUCAAUUUGGUGUCUAUAUGUAACAAUAUGAUGAGGCGAUUAUACAUUGAAAUGGUUUCCAUGAUCAUAACGGCCCUCUGAGUGAAAUGUGGCCUGCGUCAAAAAUGAGUUUGAAACCCCUGACUUAUUCUAUCAAUGGACAAUUUGGUUGGUUUUGAAAAAUUGCUGAAUUAACAUGUUUUUAUCAGUAUUUUUCUUUUCAUUUUAUUCAUUUAUCUAAAUACGUUGUUUAUUGCUUCAUUGUAAAUGAUAAUUAAAAUAAACAAUUUGCAUAUCGCCGCGUCGGUCCGAAACCGCCUGUGUCCAAAUUUGGUCACGUUGAUAUUUUUCACAAAUCAAUAUUUCUUGGAAAAUUGUCAAACCCCACGUGGGUGUGUUAUUAUUAUUAUUAUUAUUAUUAUUUUAUUUUUUUACAAAUGAUUGAAUCUAAAGUGUUGAAAACAAUCAUGCUGUUUUCCUGAAAAAUGAUGGUUUUGGAGAUGCAAGGUUUCCGCCUGACGCCAGUAAUAUCCAUUUAUUAAAUACAUUUUAUUACCCCAAAAAAUAUUUGAAUUAUAACAAAAAUGAUUCUAAAUACUAAAAUGAAGCAUGAAUUCUUUUGAUUUUAUUUUUUGAAAUACAUACACAUUUUAACUUGAAUGAGCUGGCCCAUUUGUCUGUUUUAAAAAGCAAAUGUGGCCCUCGAGAGCAAAUGUUGGCCCACCCCUCUUCUUGAAGAUUCCCCAGUCCAAAUCCAAGCAUGUGAACUUGUCAAGUGUAUGCACUGACUUGGCAUUUCCCAUUCCACUCCUGAGUGUUUCUAUACGUCGGCCGCAUUAUACUAUUACAGCAUAUUGUUCCUCGGUUCAAAGUGAUAACCUUUUUCACGACGGCGCCGUAUGAGCGCAGCAGGAAGUCAUUGCGCUGGUUAAUGUUCAAUUUCCUCGCACGCGAAAAAUGCGGUGCGCGUAUGACAAACGAGGAGGAUUCCGCGCAUGUAAACACAUCUGACCAUAUGCUGGUGGCAUGUGAGGACGAGGAUGUCUGCCGGACCACAGAAAACCAGGAUCGAGGCUGGAAUUAUUUGGGGUUUUCCUUUGGGAAUUUGCUUAUUAAUUAUUUUGGAAGCUCAAAGCGUCUCUUUUUUUGUUUUGCCUCUCCGAGCUACACGCAUUGGCCACGAUGGAACAAGUGUGCUUAUUGGACUGGUUUCCAAGUGCCUUGGAGCAUGCAUUAUCUCUCUCCUUCUCUCACGAUGGACUUGACAUCGCUCAUGACGGACUAUGCUGAUGUGGAGACAAACAGUUUCGUCUCUGGGGUCCCGGAUAGUAUUCCCUCCUCGGUCUCGAUGGACACACACACACACACACACACACACACAUGGCACUGGCCAGAUAAGUCAAACUGUUGUUUGUAGAAUUUGUACAGAGAAAUGUCUUUUUUUAAUGUUAUUAUUAUUAUUUAAUAAAGGCUAAACAACCGAA